AUGUCCACUCAAACAGACCAGCCAAUAACGGAUCAACAAAAGAAAGAACAAGAACAAUAUACAAAUUUAAUAAACUCAUUACCAACGAGGUGGGAGAUUGAGUUAGAAUUUGUCCAGUCUUUGAGUAAUAUUCCCUAUGUCAAUUAUUUAGCUCAAAACAAUUAUUUCAAUGAUGAAAAUUUUAUAAAUUAUUUAAACUAUCUACAAUAUUGGACUCAACCUGAAUAUUCCAAAUUUUUGGUUUAUCCUAAUUGUUUACAUAUUUUGAAAUUAUUACAAGAUGAAAAUUUCCGUAAAAAUAUAAUCAAUCAAGAUUUCAUGAAUUUGUUAAUGAAUGAUAUGGUCAAGCGUUGGCAACUGAAUGCAAAUGAUCAAGAUGAAACUAAAGACAAGGAAGAAACUAAGGAGGUUUCAGAAGUGAAAAUCAAUGGGACAAGUUGA